AUGCCGGCGCUCUGUGGAGGAAGCAAGACGGUUCAGCGCAAGCUCGUGCUACUAGGUGACGGAGCGUGUGGAAAGACUUCACUGCUAAACGUCUUUACGCGUGGCUAUUUCCCCACCGUAUAUGAGCCCACCGUUUUCGAAAACUACGUCCACGACAUCUUCAUCGACAACGUUCACGUCGAGCUUUCACUAUGGGACACGGCUGGACAAGAAGAAUUCGAUCGCCUGCGCUCUCUCUCCUACGAUGACACGCAUGCGAUCAUGCUGUGCUUUAGCGUCGACUCGCCGGACUCCCUCGAGAACGUGGAAAGUAAAUGGGUUGGCGAGAUUGCGGAGAAUUGCCCGGAUGUACGACUUGUACUCGUCGCAUUGAAGUGUGACUUGCGGGAGCAGGGCAAGGAUGACGACGAGGAUGGUCCUGCUGAGCCUAAGAAACCAAUGAUCGAUUACAAGCAAGGACUGGCAGUCGCGGAGAAGAUCAAGGCCCUACGGUAUCUUGAAUGCUCCGCAAUGAAGAACCGCGGUGUCAACGAGGCGUUUACGGAGGCUGCACGUGUGGCAUUACAGGUCAAGAACGUCAAGGGCGACAAGUCCAGCGGAAGUCCCAAGUGCAGCGUCAUGUGA